AUGUCUUGGACACCCAAUGACAUCAGAGCAGAACUCCAUUCCAUCUCCAAGUUGCUAUCUGCAAGACCUGGAGUUUUCGACUUGGAGGUGAAGCUGUGCACAGCUUUGAAGAGAAAACUGCAACUGAUGUCCAAUGUGUCCAGCACUGACCUGGUCCUUUGCUAUGAUGCUUUGAAAGAAGCAAAUCUUCCUCAAACUAUGCAUUGUGAAUUGAUUGCUGUCCUGGACAAGCUGGCUGUUGAAGAAGUGGAGGUCAAAACAGCUGGCAAAGUGAUCCAAGGGGCACAGGACUGCAGGACUUUCUACAAGUAUUUGACAGAGGAGGACAUCAGUGCAUUGCAGAAAAGCAAUAUGUGGGAAGGCUGCACUACUGUUGCAAAACGAAUGAAGUUGCUGGGUAUCAGGGGAAUGAAGGAAAACCUGAAAAGACUUGCCCUAACCAACAAGCUGCCCAUUCCAGAUUCUGUGUACAAUCUCUCCCAACAUCUGGUGCACACCUUGCAGACUGUUGCAAUGGAAGUGCCUGCCAGUGCUUUGAGUUUGGCACAGUACCCUGAUGACCCAGGGAGUUUGAGUAGUAGCCAUUUUGAUGCUUCCUUUCAAGGUGGAAAGCCUAUGAAGGCAGACUUUCCAGGCUUGGCUGGCCUCUUGAACUCCAAGGUUGUGCCUGUGAGGAUGUCCAGUGCUUCUGUCACCUUGGGGAAGGACCCUUGUCUUUUCAAAGCCUGGCAAAUUUUCUUUUGUGCUGCUUGCAUGGAGAAUGUGCCACCAACUACAUCUCCAAAGCAGCAAGUUGAGCCUGCACCUCCCAGUUCUCAUGCCCUUGUUGACACAAUGAUGUGCAGGCUGCUUCAACAAUUCAAUGCUGUUGGAAACAGCAUCCUUGCUGGCAAUGGUGUGAAAAUAGAAUACUUGCAGACUGGGGCUUCUCAAGAUGCUGCAAAUUCUGGUGCAAGUUCUGCAGGGUCUUUGCCUUUGCCCAUUGAAGCACCUACCUCAGUCACUGUUCAGCAGCCUGCUGUCUCAGCAGCCCCUCCUUCCCAGAGCGAAGUCAAAGCAGGGUCCCACAAUGAUGCUGCUGAAGCUGUCAAUGACCAAAAGACUUUGGAGGACUAUGAAAACGAAAACAUGCAAAAGUUGCUGGACAGGGAUGACAAAAAGACUGCUAAAGGCAGAGGCAAAGGUGCUAGUAAAAACACUGCUGCCAAAGGCAGAGGUGGUGGAAAAGGAAGAGGUGUUAGAAAACUUUGCGAAGGCAAGCCCAAGGGUAUGAAGAGACCAGAAAUUGAGAAGCAUGGCUUGCCAGACCAGAAGAGAAGGCAAGACAUUUGGAAAGAAAACAAAGACUUGCUGGAAAGCACUGCAAUGUGCAAAUAUGGUCCUCUUUUGCAAACAAUGGCUGCACAAGUGCUGCCAGAAAAGCAGAGCAUAUCAGGUGCUUUGGAGACAGGCUCACACUUGGAGAUCUUCUAUGUGAAUAUUCUGCCCUUCUUGGCUGGUGUGUGCCACAAAUGUGGUUCAUUUACUGAUUGGCUGCUCAAAUUCCACAGUCUGAAGCCUUCAAGUGCCACUCAGCCAUGGAAAGCCGUGGUGUAUGUGGAUGAAGUCCACCCAGGAAACAUCCUCAACAGCAGUGGGAGAAAAGCAUGGUGUUGCUACAUGUCGUUUUUGGAGCUAGGAUCCAUGCUGUCCAAAGAAGACCUUUGGAUUUGCCUCUUUGUUGUGAGGAGCUCAGAAGUUCAGCUACUGGAAGCAGGCAUCAGCCAAGUAGUUCGACUCUUACUUGAAAGGCUUUUUGCUCAUGAUCAGCCUCAAACUGGUGUGCUGCUUUCAAGUGCCAAGGGAAAUGUGAGACUUUUUUUUACACUGGGAAUGUUUUUGCAAGAUGGAGCUGCUCAGAAGGCUGUUUGGGCAAACCGCCAAGACAGUGGUUCAAAGCCUUGCAUGUUGUGCAAGAACCUUUUUCAUUUAAGGCAUGACCAUGGUGAAGGUGAACCAGCUGACAAAAUAUUCAGCCAGUAUGUCAAAUAUUCCCAGCUAGACAUUGCCAAAGAUGAUGAACUCCUGGAAGCCUGGUCCAGGAUAGAAGCCAAGAGCAGAACUUCCACAGCAAAGGAAUUCCAGAGAUGGCAGCAAGCUUCAGGCAUUUCUUGGAGCCAUCAUGCAUUGAUGGCAAGCCCAGCCUUGAAAGCAGCAGGCUUGCUGAAGCCUGCUUCCCUCUACUGCUUUGAUUGGAUGCAUGGGUUGUGUUCCAAUGGGGUUCUCAAUGACAUUGUCUUUGCAGUUUUGGAGAGCUUAGAUGCAGCUGGAUACAAAGUUUGGGACACUCUUCAUUCUUGGUUGGCGCUGUGGGUUUUGCCUCAGCAGCAAAGCAGCUUUAAUCUGUCAAAGCUUUUUGAAAAGCCAAAGGCUGCAAGCUGCAGGUGUGGCAAGGUGAAGCACCUCUUGCUUGCUGGAGUACAAGUGUGCUUAUUGGAAAUGUUCACAUUCAUUGACACGAAGGGCAAGCAUGCAACCAUGUGGCACAGCUCAACUGAUUGCUUGGAACUCGCCCUGCUUGAAGAAUUGGUGCAGCCAGUGGUUCACAACUUUGGGAAGAAUGGCAAA